UUUAUGAUAUAUAUCCAUGUCCCUCCAAAUCAAGGUUAUAUUUACUUGAAUUCCACGUCUGAUUAAACUACAAACUAACGUAUCUAAUCUUAAUCAACCAAAGCAUUUCUUUAGAAUAUUAAGCAUGACUUUGAUAAGUGCUGUUAACUCGUGAGACUCAAAUAUCUGAUAAGACGAAAGCGAUCGACCAUCUCAAAAUAUAAACUAGAUCAAUUGUAUAAUAUAUAUAUAUAUAUAUACCAGAGAGAGAGAGAGAGUGUGUGUGUGAGUUGACGAUAAUCUGUUGAAUUAAUUGCUCUGCCUCGGGUCUGUCUGUCCUCGUUAUUUUCGUUCAAUUGAUCAUUUGACAUUAACAACACUCGUUGGGUGGGGCGGGCAGUGGCCAGUCAGUCGAUGGCAAUUGAGUGGACGAGCGUUUGUCGACUGUCGCAUUAAAGAAGCUCAUCAAGAUUCAGUACUUUCGACAGUUGGAGCAGCAAUACAAACGGCGGCAAUAUGCCCAGGAGGCGACGACGGCGUCGACAGCGGCGCCAACUUUAAAUGGCAACCGUAAUGGGGACAAUGGGGAGUCGGGCGACCACAAUAGGAAUGGGGCUCUGGUCAGCCGUUGUCGGCUAUUGAAGCGUCAACGUAAUCUAUUCGAUUUGGCUGCACUCUGCGAUAUGCCCGUGGACCGUUAUACCGGCGAUAGUUGGAUUCUCGAUGAGUAUUUCGUCGAUCACAGCGACGACUAUUUAGUGAGUGAGCGAACGGGGAACCGGGAGAGCAAGAGCUAACAAACACUCACUCACACUCUCAGUGCUGCAUGAUGUGGGCUGCAUGAUUUGCCCCCUACACAGUGUGCUGCUCUCCCAUACACAAACACACACAGACACAGACACACACGCUCUCACAUUCACUCACUCUCUCUCACACACUCUAUGACUCUCUGGCUGGCCAGCUGAUCGAGUGCGCGCGCAGCUGCUCCUCCUAGCGCCUGUGUUUCGCCAUUUGCUCAAAAAGCGUUUUCGCCUUGGGGGCCGACGCCAUUGGGGUAAAUUAAAAAUAUACCACACACCAACAGUAAAACGGAAAAUCCACAAUGCUCGGCAUGCUUUUUCGUUUGAGCAUUUUCCAAAUCUGAAACUGAAACAGAAACAGAUUCAAAUCUUCGUUUGUCGGUUGUGUAUCGUUCUCGGCCAACGUACGUUUGUUGAGGCCUUUGGCUAACGUGUAACGUCCCGCGAUGUCUGUCGAACUAAGCGAACUGAUCGCACUCAGCUGCCCGGACUUGACUGCACAACCGGAUGGCAGUGGCCAGAUCCAGUUGAUGAUCAAUUCGGAGCGACGCCUGAGCAUCAAACAAAUGACGGCCACGGAGCUGGCCAAUAUGCGUGCCGCUGCUGCCGCCGAGGCCGAGGCACGGGCUCGUGCUGAAGCCGAGGCCAAGGCGCGAGCUUUGGUUGAGCAGCAGGCGAGCCUGGCCGCUGAGGUGGUGGCUCAGGCGCGAGCCCGUGCCGCUCUUGAGGCUGAACAGCAGCUGCAGCGUGCCAGGGAGCAGCAGGAGCGUCGUCAAGAGGCGGAGCAACAGAGACAGUCGGACGCCACGCCCAGCCCAUCGCCCAAGGGCGUGCUGCCGUCCAUUGAGGCGCCGCGCGAUCGCAUCACUUCACUGCCCAACAUCCUGGAUGAUGCCAUGGAAAUGCAUUUGCUGAACGCAGCCGAUGGCGGCGGCGGCGGCAACUCAGACGACUCCUCGCCCACCAAGAGCACUUCGCACCUGGCCGACUCGAUUGAGAUGCUGCGCAUGCAGCGGGCAGCUCGCGCGGCACGCUCCAAGAAUCGCAGCCGAGAGCGUAGCAUCUCGCCGGCGGCCGCACGUCUCCAUGAGAGGAGCGCAGCACCCGACCGCCUGCACAGCUCCAGCAUCAGCAGCAUGGACUCGGCCCGCGCCAGUGGCAGCCGUCGCGGCAGCACGGCCAGCGCCAUGAGCAGCGAUCCGGCUGCAGAGCUGGCAGCGCCGCCCAAGUUUCCAAUCUCCAAGACGGUUUCGGUGCCGAACAUGAGUCGUCGUCGGAGCAGUUUGACUGCUCUUUUUCCGGGACCUUCCCCGUUGGUGGCGCCGGAACCGACGCUGCACACCAAUCCUGAGGCGCCGCCGGAAACGGAGGCACCCGGUCGAGGCGGCCACGAGGAUGGAUAUCGUGAAAUACCCAGCGGCAAAAUGGUGCAUCGCACAAAGACUCCGCCGCCAGUGGGCGCCAACCUGGGCGUAUGCCUCAAGCGGGUGACAGCGCCUAGCGGUUCGGUUACCAUCAAACCCAAGGACUCGCCCAUGCUGGGCGUGGUGCUGCGCAAGGUGGAGAAGAAGACGGUGCCCCAAAAGAGCGUGCUGGACGAUGAGAAGCCGCUGUAUCAUCUCUCGAUCGUGCGCAGCGAUAACAAGGAAUACAAACCGGCGCCCAAGCCAAAACCCAAACCAGCUCCGCCGGCGGUGAAGCCAUCGCCGGGCGGCAUUCUGACCGGGCCACAGGUGGUGCGCACUGUCAACCGGCCGGCGGCAGUGGCCAAGCCGCAGCGACCACAGCCUGGGGUGCCAGUGACCAUAACGAAAAUCGAGGGCGAUAAGAUAAUAAUAAUCAAAAAGAUAAUUGUGCCGAAGAACAGUAAGAUACCGGAGCAGUAUCUGCAGUUGGAGGCACAGCCCCCAAUGGGCGCCGCUGCCUGCCCCAGCGCCAACGCAGUGAAGCCCAGCGAAGAGGCAUUCGUGUCGUCGUCGUCGUCGCCGUGCAUCAUGCAAAAGCCAACACCGCCGCCCGCGAGCGGCCAACAGUUCUUUCAGGUCGUGUCGCCGCAGUUCGCGUCGGUGCUCUCGUCCAGCUUGCCAGAGACCAAGUGUGCGGUGCGCUCGCCCAUCUCAUCGCCGCUGGCGCUGCGCAAGAAUCGGCCGCUGCUGCCCGCCAGUCCGAAGUCGACGCCUCCGCUGCCGCGCAAGCAUCACACCAUGGCCUAUAAUGCGGCCACGGGAGCUAUCACAACACCCGCCCGCCCCAUGGCCACCAUAGCCAGCAGUCCAGUGUCCAGCAUAUCGCUGUCGUCGUGCAGCUCGCCGUCGUCGUCGCCACCGCCGCCACCGGUGCCGUGUCGUGCACCCAAGCAAAAGGCGAGCACGAGCCAGGGCAAGAUUCCAGGCGAGAUCGACUUGGAUAAGCUGCUGCAGCAGCAGCAACAGCUCGAGGAGAAGUCGGCGGCGGCCACCAGCAGCGCCAAGCUGGAUGCCAAUUUCUAUGAUGCCGAGAUCGAAAUGAUGAACAAGUAUUUGAAGAGUCUGCCCGACUACAGCGAGCUGGAUCGCAAGCUGCAUAAGGAGUUCCAGGAGUGCGAGGAUCUCUAUGACCGGCUCAAGCGCCAGCAGCAACAGCAGCCCCUAACCAAAUCCAACUCGCAUCAGUCUGUGGCGGCCAAAACUGCAUUGCCAGUGGCUGCCGGCGGGCUAUCGAAAUCCUCCUCGAUCAACUUCGCCAACAAUCUGACCUCCAGUCGGGCACCUCGGCUGGCCUAUCCCUCGAUCUUCGCCCAGUCCAAUGCCAGCGAACAGCCCAAGCUGCAGCGCAGCAUAUCCAGCUCCAACAUGCCCCUGGGCACGCCCAGUUGCGGUCCGUUGCGCCCACAGGAGGCGCCAAAGAGCGGACUGCAUAGCGACUCGAAUCUGUCGCUCAACAAGCAGCUGAUGAACGACUUCUGGAGCGAGAAUCUUUGCAGCUCGAGCAAGCGCCAGACGCCGAAGCGCACGUUCUGGAACUAUGAGAAGAUCUGCGGUGCCCAGCUGGGCGAUGCUGGGCAGCCCUUCAAGGUGGAUGCCAAAACGGCCAAGAAGCUGGCCAUAUUUGAUCCCACAGUUGCUGAGGCGGCGCAGAAGGAGCUGCAGAAGCAGCAGCCGAUCCAGCAGCAACCGCAGCAGCAGCAGCCACAGCCACAGCCACAUAGCCAUCGCCUACAGAAGAACGCCUCGUUGUCGCACUUGGAUCUCAAGGUCAGGCAGGCCGUGACCAAAGACGAUCUCUACAAGCUCAUUGUAUGCAGCGAACAGUCGCCCACGUCAGCAGCGACUGCGUCGACGACAACGACGACGACGUCAACGCCUUUCACCAGUCGCGUGCCCGUCAAGCAGCAGCAGCAACAGCAGCCGCUGCCAGCUGCUCAACAGCUCAACAAGAGCGUCUCCAUGACGCACGUUUCCGGCAUUGCGACGGCAGCGACGCCGUUGCUGCGCAGCUCCAGUCGCACGCACAUACCCUGCUACAUGAAGCAUCUGCCAUCGCUCAGCCGCAGCACAUCCAACUCGGCGAUAUUGCUGAGCACACCAGCCACAGCAGCAACAACUGGGACGACGCAGGCGCGCAAGGAGCCGCCUACAGUGAAGCAGCAGCAGCAGAAGCCAAAUGCUGGCGUGCUGAAGAGCUCCAGCAGCUCUUGUGUGCCGUCGCCACGUUGUGCCGCUGCGCUGUUUCGCCGGCCCACGGAGCCAGCAAAACAGGCUGGCAUUGGUGCUGCUGCAUCGUCGUUGGCCACGCCCAUUGCGGAGGCAACGAAUGAGACGAGCGGCUCGCUGGAGCGCAAGUCGGAGAAGAGCAACAGCACUGUGAGCAGCAGCAGCUUCACUGUGACCAACUGCUGCACCACGCAUCUGCCGCAGCUCUCAAAGUUCACCUCAUCCUUUCACAUACCCUCCACAGUUGAGCACAAUGCCAACUUAGAUCAGCCAGCAACAGCAUCAGCAUCAGCUGUUGCAGCGCCAACAACAACAACAUCAGCAGCAGCACCGGCAGCAGCAACGACAUCAGCAGCGACAAAGCGUCAAAAAGACGUCGACAACAAGCUAGAGAAAUGUCUAAAUGACAUGCUAAAGCUAAAGAGCAAUAACAACAAUGCAAUUAUGUCACAAUCGCUGACAGCUGAACACAAAGAGGAAAGCAGCGCCGGCAGCAGCAGCAACAACGCCACCAAAAUCGCCAGCGAAUCGCAAAUACCCGUGCCAGUGCAGCUGUACGAUCCGCAGAAGCCGCUAAUGCAGCAGCAGCAGCAGCAGCAGAGGAUGGCAUAUCCCAUAGGCAAAUCCAACUCUACGUCGCAGCUGCCGAUGGGCUAUCAGCGUCUACUGCAACAGCAACAUCAGCCACAGCAACAACAGCAGCAACAGCAGCAGCAACAACAACAACAUUAUCCACAACAAAAGCGUCCAUUUUUAAACUGGAACUCGUUUGCCUGCUCAGUCAUGAACGGCAGCAGCGAUCCCUUCCAGCAGAACCAACACCAACACCAACAGCAACAGCAGCAGCAGCAACAUCAGCCACACAAGCUGCAGCAAUCUUAUUCCUCGUCGCAUGUGGCCAAACAGGCGCCCAAGUCCAGCUCCGGCCUGGCCAUGUUCCUGCAAAAGAACACCAACAAGGAGAACAAAUUCGGGCAGCCCCAAGCGCAGCAGCAGCAGCCCCCAUUGGGCAUGGCGCCGCAAAUGUAUGGCAACAGCUAUCAGGCACUCAUUAAUAAUGCAAAGUCCGUUUAUCCGCGGACUGGCGCUGCGCCGCUGACCCAUUCGGCGUCCUUCAGUGCGGCGCAGCGUCCCAGCAUGAUGCAGCCGCAUAAUUAUGGCUAUGGCAUGAUGAGUCGCAACUAUUACAAUCUGCCCAAGCAACAGCAGCAGCAGCAGCAACAACAACUGCAGCAGCAGCAGCAACAGCAACCACAUGAGCGUAAACCACUGCAAACCUUCGAUCCGUAUGCGUAUCUCAAACCUAGUCAGAGCCAACUGAUGCACCCGGUCAAGUACCAGGUGCAGUCCCAGCCUCAACCACAUCCGCAUACGCAGUAUCUGAACGCUUCCGUUGGCACGUCUGGCGUCGGUGCUGGCGGUGCUGCGCUUCAAUACGAUCCAAAUACAAAUACGCAAUUGUUUUAUGCAUCGGCGGGUAUGCAACCACAGGCAGCGCAGCAACCGCACCAGCAGCAGCAGCAGCAGCAGCAACAACAGCAACAACAUCAGCAACCAAUACAACAAAGCAAUUCUGUCAUAUUCAGCCAUACAAAACAACAACAACAACAACAUCAACAACAGCAGCAGCAGCAACAAAAUGAAAUGUCCAAGUCCAUUCUGGGCCAGCAUUUCAUCGAGGUAGAUUCGUUGCCCAACUAUUGCAUUUGUUAUUGUCUUGUGUCUUGUGCCUUGUUCUUGUUACUGUUAUAUGUUGCACACAUCACGUGUCCAUGCCUCCUGCUAGCAAACUAACACGGCCAGCAUAACAAACGAACGCCCGGCGUGGCAGCGCUCAGCCUCCCGAAAUAGAGAACUGACUCAUCCAUGCUCCAUGCAAGAGGCCAGCCGCUUGCUCUUCAGCUACCUCUGCGCGCUCUCUCUCUCUCUCUCUGCUUGGGGCUGUGUGUGGGGAGGGCCAAGUGCACAAUUUGUCGAUUGUGACGAGCACUUCCUGUGCGAAGCUCGCUCUGCCUCGCUGCCUCCCCUUGCCCACUCUCUGGUCGCCUUGUCGCAGCUGCUCUUUUGCGGCCUUUCGCAUCAGACUCUUGCACUUGCCUCGAACGGGCGACAACGUUGCACAAUCAA